GACGCAGAAGAAAUUUUCGGAAGCGAUGCAGAAUCAGACAAUGAUCAGGGAAGUGCUGCAUCUGGAUCUCCUGCUAGAAGCGGUUCAGGAUCUGAGGGCAGUCAGCACAGUAGUCCAGCUCACAGUGGGUCCGGCAGCCCACCAGGAAGUCCCAUGAGCAAUGCUUCAGGUAGUGUAGCUUCAAAUUCUCCCCAAGGGAGCCCCACUCACAGUGGAUCUGGUAGUCCCCCAGGAAGUCCAAAAAGUGAAGCAUCUGGAACACCAAUAGGAAGCCCAGUGCAAAGUGGAGCAUCAAAUUCUCCUCCAGGGAGCCCCGCUCCAAGUGGAGGAUCACAAUCACCACCUGGCAGUCCUGUUGAUAGCGAGGCUUCAAAUUCUCCUGUAGGGAGCCCUGUUCACAGUGGAGCUUCAAAUUCCCCUAGAGGAAGCCCCACACAUAGUGGCUCAGGAAGCCCCCCUGGAAGCCCCAGAAGUAUAGGUUCAGGAUCCCCCAUGGGGAGUCCAAGGUCAAAAAGCGGGUCACCAGUAUCACACAGAUCACAUACACCAGUAGGAAGUGGGUCAGGGAGUCCACCAGGCAGUCCACACUCGGGAAGUGAAAGUGCUCAGUCAAGGUCAGGGUCUAGGUCAAGAUCUAGGUCAAGGUCACGUUCUAAAUCAGGAAGUCGUUCAAGGAGUGGAAGUCCGGCCAGUAAAGGAUCAAAAGGAAGUCGACACAGCAGUCCCCUGGGGACGCCUGGUGGAGGAAGUGGUAGUGAAGCUAGCAGACAAGGAACACCUGUUGGGUCAGCACACAGUGGGAGUGACUCUGAUGAUUCAUUCAUUGGCCGAAAGAAAAAAGAAAAAGUACCACGUGGAAGUGAGGAUGAGGAAUCUGGAGGCGAGGAGAAUGGCCAAACGGUCGAAGCGACUGUUGACGAUCUGUUUGGGGACGCUGCUGAUAUCAGCUCAGAUGAAGAGGAGGAAGAUAAAGACAAAGAAGAAAAGAAAUCUGAUAAUGAGAUGAGAGAGGAUGAUGAAGAUCGGGACAGAGAGAGGAUGCCUGGUGAGGAAGAAGAGGAGGAGCCACCAGAAACGAGAAUUGAAGUGGAGAUUCCUCGCAUCAUAACAGACCUGGGCAAGACAGUCCACUACGUCAAAUUACCUAACUUCCUCAGUGUCGAGACAAGGCCAUAUGAUGCUAGUGUUUAUGAAGAUGAAAUAGAUGAAGAUGAAGUGUUGGAUGAAGAAGGUCGUGCCAGGACAAAACUGAAGGUAGAAAACACAGUGAGAUGGAGGACGGUAAAGGAUGAGGAGGGUGCUCCUAUAUUAGAUGAUAAUAUGGUUCCAAUGAAGGAAAGUAAUGCCAGAAUUGUUCGCUGGUCUGACGGCAGUAUGUCUCUACACCUUGGUGAGGAAAUCUUUGAUGUACACACGAUGCCGAUACAGGGCGACUUUAACCAUCUGUUUGUACGACAGGGGACUGGUCUUCAGGGACAGAGUGUCUUUAAAACAAAGCUCGCCUUUAGGCCACACUCCACCGAGUCCUUCACACAUAGAAAGAUGACCUUGUCCUUAGCUGACAGGUCAAGUAAGACACAGAAGGUCAAGGUUGUUCCUAUCUCAGGUCGUGACCCUGACUACUGCAGGAGUGAAAUGAUCAAGAAAGAGGAAGAGAAAUUACGCGCAGCUAUUCGUCGAGAAAGUCAGGUACGUCGUACAAGAGAGCGAUCACAUGGUGGAGGUCUCACACGAGGAUUCCUGGAAGGAGAUGAGGAGGACGAUGAUGAUGAAGGCGAGAUCUCUAUAGCAGCCAUCAAAAAGCACUACAAACAGAACAAAAAAGAGAAACAGCAAAUCUAUUCAUCUGACAGUGACGAUGCCUACGACUCUGAUCGGGAGAAAAGCAAGGCUAAACGGCUGAUGAAUGCAAAGAAAGGCGUGAUGGAGAGCGAUGAGGGUUCUGACUCUGAUGCUGGUGGGCCAAAAAAGAAGAAAGCAAGGAUUGUAGAAAGUGAUGAUGAGGAUGCUGAGAUGGAAGAAGAUGGAGGAGACAAGGAAGAUGAUGCAGGGAGUGAAGGAAGUGAUGGAGGAGGGAAAGAAAGGGGAACAGCCUCUGGGGGAUCAGAUUCUGAGUAGGGAGUGAA